UGCGUCCCAGAAUCCAAGAUGGCGGGAUCCAGGCUAAGGGGUCCCCAGGCCAGAGCCUGGCCGCUUCUCUGCGCCCUGCUGCUGUCACUCAGUCGCUUCGUCCGGGGCGACGGCAUGGGAGGCGACCCCGCGGCCGCCGGUGCUGCGGACACGCCGGCUGUGAUGCCACAUCGCCGUUUCGAGUACAAAUACAGCUUCAAGGGGCCGCACCUGGUGCAGAGCGAUGGGACCGUGCCCUUCUGGGCCCACGCGGGGAAUGCUAUUGCAAGUUCAGAUCAAAUUCGAAUAGCACCAUCUUUAAAAAGCCAAAGAGGGUCAGUGUGGACAAAGACAAAAGCAGCCUUUGAGAACUGGGAAUUGGAGGUGACAUUUCGAGUGACUGGAAGAGGUCGAAUUGGAGCCGAUGGCCUAGCAGUUUGGUAUACAGAAAAUCAAGGCUUGGAGGGCCCUGUGUUUGGAUCAGCUGAUAUGUGGAAUGGCGUUGGAAUAUUUUUUGAUUCUUUUGACAAUGAUGGAAAGAAAAAUAAUCCUGCUAUAGUUAUCGUAGGCAACAAUGGACAAAUCCAUUAUGACCAUCAAAAUGAUGGUGCCACGCAAGCCCUAGCAAGUUGUCAGAGGGACUUUCGCAAUAAACCCUAUCCUGUUCGGGCGAAGAUUGUAUAUUACCAGAAAACUCUGACAGUAAUGAUCAAUAAUGGCUUUACACCAAAUAGAAAUGAUUAUGAAUUUUGCGCCAAAGUAGAAAAUAUGGUGAUCCCUCCACAAGGGUAUUUUGGAAUAUCUGCUGCAACGGGAGGUCUUGCAGAUGACCAUGAUGUUCUUUCUUUUCUGACUUUCCAAUUGACUGAGCCUGGAAAGGAGCCACCUACACCAGAUAAAGAAAUUUCAGAAAAAGAAAAAGAAAAGUAUCAGGAGGAAUUUGAGCACUUUCAACAAGAAUUGGACAAAAAAAAAGAGGAAUUCCAGAAGGAUCACCCUGACCUUCAGGGACAGCCUGCGGAUGAAAUAUUUGAGAGUGUAGGAGAUCGUGAGCUAAGACAAAUCUUUGAAGGACAGAAUCGUAUUCAUCUUGAAAUUAAGCAGCUGAACCGACAAUUAGAUAUGAUUCUUGAUGAACAGAGAAGAUAUGUCUCUUCCCUGACAGAAGAAAUCUCUAAGAGAGGAUCAGGGAUCCCAGGGCAGCAUGGGCAGAUCACUCAACAAGAAUUGGAUACUGUUGUGAAAACUCAGCAUGAGAUUCUGAGACAAGUAAAUGAAAUGAAGAAUUCUAUGAGUGAAACUGUCAGACUGGUCAGUGGGAUACAGCACCCCAGUUCUGCAGGAGGAGUCUAUGAGACCACACAGCACUUCAUGGAUAUCAAGGAGCACCUGCACAUAGUGAAGAGGGACAUAGACAACUUAGUACAGCGAAAUGUGCCAUCCAAUGAAAGAUCAAAAUGCCCAGAACUACCACCAUUUCCAUCAUGUUUAUCGACGGUUCACUUCAUCGUAUUUGUAAUUGUACAGACACUGCUGUUCAUUGGUUACAUCAUGUAUAGGACUCAGCAAGAAGCAGCUGCCAAAAAAUUCUUUUGACCACCAUUUUCAUGUGUGUACAUCAUGUAUGUAUGUACAAAAUGUCUUUUUGAGGGACUUAUAAGUAUUUAAAUUACUUCAUAGUCUAAAUUAUUAAAUUUUAUAUAAAAUAAAACAUUGUUUAAACAUUGAUUUUUUUUUCGGUAAGAAUAAACCUUAAAG